AUGAGGCCGGUGAUCCUGGUGCUAUUCCUCGCCUUCAUUCUGCUGGCUUUCAGUGUUGGACACAUCCUACGAGGAGUAACAGAGGGAGAAAGCAGGGAGCGGAAAGUGUGGGCCAGAGCAGGGAGUUCUGCUGUGCUGCCUUGCCGCAUGAGCCCCAAGAAGUGGUGGAAGCAGCUGCCUGACAAGACAACUGUGCUGUGGAAGCGGCAUGGGGGAAGCACCCACCAGGAGCCAUUCAUGGUGCUGGAGGUGGGCUACUCGGGCCUCCGCAAGGUGGGACUGCCCAUGAGGCCCCGGGUGUCAGUCCAGGACUCUGCCUUACGCAAUGGAGACUUCUCUCUGCAAAUCGACCCAGUCCGGAACGAGGAUGCCGGCCUGUAUGAGGCACAGGUGGUAUACAACAUGGAAGUCCAGAGCUGCCAGGUGGAGCUGGGUGUAAUUACAGUAACUCUCAGUCCACCCAGCCCUGUCAUAGAAAAUGAGCCACUCUUGUUGAGCUGCAAUUCCAGCCACCGGGCCAGCCUUGUGGAGACGUGCUGGUUCCACGAUGGGCAGCUGGUCCCCACCUCCACAACCUUCUGCUCCUUGCAUGGGGCAAUCUCCGUUCUCCGGCCAGCCAUGAGUGAUGCAGGCUCCUGGCACUGCCAGCUCAGAUACUCUGAUAAUGAGAUCAUUUCUGCUACGUACAACCUGCAAAUUCUAGGUUUCGAUGGCCCAGCCAACCCUGUGGUCUAUGCAGCAGCUGGGUCUGCAGCUGAUCUACAGUGCACCCUGAGCUACCUUCCCAGUGCCCUUGGGAUCAGCAUGGUGAGAGCCCACUGGAGCCGCCUUGCAGGAGGACACUUGCAAGACCGGGGCAUCUCCCAGAAUAUGAGCAGCAGAAGCUUCCCACUUCACUUCCCUGCGGUGGGGCCAGGUGAUGCAGGGCAGUACCGCUGUGCUAUCUCUGUUGGCAGCAAGACUAUGAGCAGGGACGUGACCUUGGCAGUGGUUACAGUCACUCCAAGCAUCCAAGGACCGGUUUCUGAGGGGUCUCGCUUGAUACUCAUCUGCAACCUCACACAUCCCCGAGGACAUGAACAUUUCCAGUGGAAGCACCUCGGCUCACCCCCCACUAGCAGCAAGCUGGAUGUGGCCACCUCCCGUAACCUGGAGAGACACAGAUCCCAAAUGGGCCGUACCUUGGAAAUACCCCAAGUGUCACAGAAGGAUAUGGGCACGUGGGAAUGCAGUGUAUACGGCCCAGAAGGCAGACUGGGAGCAGCGGAGUACGAGCUGCAGAUUACAGGUGCCCAGGUCUCCAGUCCUCCCAAUAUCUUUAGUGGGCAGGUUACUUUUGGGCUCACACUGACCCUCUUCCUCCUGCUUACAGUCUGUGUACUGGCCCUGGCACUACAAAACAGGGCACAGUCUCCUAUCUUCCCAGCGCUGGAAAGGAUGGUUGCAGUCACUGUGCCAAGGAAGAAGGAGAUGGAAGAAAACCAGAAAGAGAAAAUCCAGCAAACUGAGUGCUGA